AGGCAGGGUAGGGGGGAUUGUGGACGGUAGUGCAGUUCUGGCGGCGGCGGCUUUGCGGUUGGUGAGGGAGGGACUCGAGAGACGAAGAGAAUCGCCCGAGCAGGAACGCAGCGAGAGCUUUUUCUCGUACGUGCGCUUGGAACACCAGUUUUGAGAAAUCCAGAAUCCAGCUGUGCUCUUCUGCGUGCACCGAAACUCUUUCAUAGGUCUGGGAACCACUGGAGAUAGUCGGAGACGAGAGUUAGGAAUCCACAAUGGAGUUUAAGUUGGAUACUCAUCCAGGGCACACACUGCACCUGUUCUUGUUUUCAGAAUUGCAAAAUAGCAAAGAAAUAUUAAAUCUGCUUCAAACUGGGGUGCUGCAACCCGAACUGGCGUUUUUCAAUGCAUCUUUGAUACCGGACACCUUUCCCCUCCUUGCAGCUGCUCAUAAAGCCAUGCAAUCUCAUGAUCGUGGGAGUCUACGAACACGUUCUAUACAUUCAGAGCUCAUUUUCAACUACUCGGGAUCGAAGCACAUCACAGAAUCUCUAAAGAGGUGUGGCAUAUCGGACACCACCAGCUAUGUUUUGGUUGCUCGCUUUGAUGCCUCACCGGAAGAUGUAGAUGCUGUGAAAACAUUGGUCAAAGGAGAAGAGUUGGAUAUAUCCGAACUACCUGCGAGAGCUGAUCAAGCUGCUAUCCUGAAGCAUUACAAGAUAUCUACCGUGGAAUUGGACGCUUCAUCCCUUGAAGAUGCCAUAGUUUGUCGUAUUGCAGCAAGAGAUGCUCUGUAAGUGCGAUGAAGGUCUCAUUGUUUUGCAGGGAGAAAACAGGUCUGGGUAAAAGAGAGGUAUUCGGAGCUAUAGAUAGAUCAUUACACGGUAUUAGCUCCUGGAAUGAGUCUUCGAAGUAGAUUAUUGACAAGAUUAUCGUAUCCACAAGUACUUAGACUCGUGGUGUGGGGUAAAAAGUGAAACCUCACCAAGUUUUGUAGCGAUGAAACUCUUGAUGAUUAUAAAAAAUGGUCAGUCUAUCCAGACGUGGAAGUGGG